AUGCCCGAGGCAGAAAAAAAUAAGAAAAGGAAGAAAUGGAGAGAAGAAAAAAGAAAGCAAAAAGAUAAGAAGAAAAGUAGCGAACAAGCUGCAACAAAAAUCGCAAGCACAAAAGAUUCCAGUGCCAGAAAAUCCAGAGUAAAAAGAGAAAACUAUAAAGAUAUAUACAUAGCAGCUCAAAAUCGAAAUAUAUACUUGCAUCGAGCGUUAGAAACAAUGAGGAAAAGGUUAUAUCGUUUGCAAAAAAGCAAAAUGCAAGAAAAGAAUAAAAGUGAAGCAGAACUUAAUCGGUUAAAGGCCAGAAAUGAAAUUUUGGAAGCAUCUUUAAAGUUGACUUACAGGCAGUGUGAAAGUAGUAAAGAGAGACACGUUAUAAAGAAAAUUGCUAAUAAUUAUCUCGUGAAAAGUAGUAAAGCUGUCAUUCAUUUCCAAAAAAAAAAUAGGCCUGAAAACACGAGUUCGAAAUAA